AUGGUCAGAGUCCAACCAGAGAGAUUCAGAGAUCUUCUGGUUGAUGAAGUAAUGGAGACUCAGUAUCACCAGUUUGGGUCGUCUGAUAGCAGCACUGUCCAUGGAGAGCCCAGAACCACUAUACAAACGGUGUUUGCAGGUAUGAAGAGCAUAGUGGUUUGUGUCCUCUACGGAGUCCUGGUGCUGCUGCUGUUAAUCCUGCUGAUGGUCACUGGGAUCAAAUUCUCCCUGUUAAACAAGGAAAUCACUGAUGUCAAACUCCACCUCGAGAGAAUCAACCAUGGGAAACCAAUGGCAUCGAUCGGAUCAGCUGCAAAACCUGUGGUGGAGGUCCUCUUACCGAAACUUGUCCCAGUUCGAGGAUCAUGUAGGGAAGGAUGGGUGUCUUUCGAGAGGAGCUGCUACCUGCUAUCCACCUCCGCCGUGACCUGGAGGAACGCAGAGGAGCAGUGCCGAACACGUGGAGGACACCUGGCGGUUAUCAAUAAUGUGGAGGAACUGGACUACAUUUCAAAAAUAGUUGAAAUCCAAUAUAACUAUUGGAUUGGACUUGUGGAGCGACAACACGAGGGACACUGGAGCUGGGUGGAUGGAACCGACUUCAAUUCAACCCCGACUUUCUGGGAUGAAGGUCAGCCUGACAACUGGGACUACAGAGAGAACGGGGAGGACUGCGGGCAGCUUCACGCUUCUCAGAUACAGAAACGCAAGAUGUGGAAUGACGCAGACUGCAACCUGCCGUAUCAAUACAUCUGUGAAACCAGGGCUUGAGAGACAGCGAGACCGUCUGAGCUAGUGAACCCUCACCAGCAUGACAGGCCUGAUGUGUUGGAAAAUAAUGGGUCAAAUUAAGACUGAUGGAAAUGAUGUAUUUGAUUUAAAUUUAUGAAUUUUGUGAGCCACAAAAAGGGGAUAAAAGUUGCAUAAACAGUACAUGUGUGAGGCAUCUGUUGCAAUAAAACAGUAACUAUGAACACAA